AUGAGCCGCCCGCUGUGCAACCACUACGCCGCCCUCCUCUCCUCCGCCGCCGCCGGCAGCCACAAUGGCGCCCGCACCUCCGCCGCCAUCCACUGCCUCAUCCUCCGGACCGUCCCGCACCCGCCGCCCACCCACCUCCUCAACCACCUCCUCACGGCCUACGCCAGGUCCGGCCGCCACGGCCUCGCGCGCGCGCGCCGCCUGUUCGACGCAAUGCCGGACCCCAACCUCUUCACCCGCAACGCGCUCCUCUCGGCGCUGGCCCGCGCGCGGCUCCUCCCGGACAUGGAGCGGCUCUUCGCGUCCAUGCCGGAGCGCGACGCUGUCUCCUACAACGCGCUCAUCGCCGGGUUCUCCGGCGCCGGCGCCCCCGCGCGGGCCGCGGGUGCCUACCGCGCCCUGCUCGCCGAGGAGGGGGUCAGACCGAGCCGCAUCACGAUGUCCGGCAUGGUCAUGGCCGCGUCGGCGCUCGGCGACCGCGCGCUCGGCCGGCAGGUGCACUGCCAGGUGCUGCGGCUCGGGUUCGGGGCGUACGCGUUCACGGGCAGCCCGCUCGUCGACAUGUACGCCAAGAUGGGGCUCAUCGGGGACGCCAAGCGCGUCUUUGAUGAGAUGGAGGGCAGGAACGUUGUGAUGUACAAUACCAUGAUCACGGGGCUGCUCCGGUGCAAGAUGGUCACGGACGCGCGGGCGCUGUUCGAGACGAUGGCCGACAGGGACUCCAUCACCUGGACAGCGAUGGUCACGGGGCUGGCGCGGAACGGGCUGCCGGCGGAGGCGCUGGAUGUUUUCAGGAGGAUGAGGGCAGCAGGUGUCGGCAUUGAUCAGUACACUUUUGGAAGCAUCCUGACGGCCUGUGGCGCCCUUGCUGCCUCGGAAGAAGGGAAGCAGAUCCAUGCCUACGUAAUCAGGACACUGUAUGAGGACGACGUGUUCGUCGGAAGCGCGCUCGUUGACAUGUACUCCAAGUGCGGGAGCGUCAGGUCAGCGGAGGCCGUCUUGAGGAGGAUGACGUGCAGAAACAUCGUCUCGUGGACCGCAAUGAUCGUCGGCUACGGGCAGAAUGGGUGUGGCGAGGAGGCUGUGCGGGUGUUCUCGGAGAUGCAGAGGGAUGGCAUUAAGCCCGAUGAUUUCACUCUUGGCAGUGUCAUCAGUUCUUGCGCUAAUCUAGCGAGCCUGGAAGAGGGGGCUCAGUUCCACUGCGUGGCGCUCGUAUCGGGGCUGAGGCCGUACAUUACGGUGUCUAAUGCGCUGGUAACCCUGUACGGGAAGUGCGGCAGUAUCGAGGACGCGCACCGCCUGUUUGAUGAGAUGACGGUUCAUGAUCAGGUGUCAUGGACAGCCCUCGUCACGGGUUAUGCCCAGUUUGGGAAGGCAAAAGAAACGAUGGAUCUGUUUGAGGAGAUGUUGUCUAAGGGUGUGAAACCGGACGGCGUAACGUUCAUCGGUGUCCUUUCUGCUUGUAGCCGUUCAGGGCUUGUGGAGAAAGGCCGCAGCUACUUCCAGUCCAUGCAGGAGGACCAUGGUAUUGUACCCUUAGAUGAUCACUACACCUGCAUGAUUGACCUGUAUAGCAGAUCAGGGAGGUUGAAAGAAGCUGGGGAGUUCAUAAGGCAGAUGCCACGCUGUCCUGAUGCUAUUGGAUGGGCGACAUUGCUGAGCUCGAGCAGGUUGCGUGGUGAUAUGGAGACCGGGAAAUGGGCUGCUGAGAAUCUCUUGAAAGUUGAUCCUCAAAACCCAGCGAGUUAUGUAUUACUAUGCAGCAUGCAUGCUUCUAAAGGUGAAUGGAGCGAGGUUGCCCAGCUUAGGCGUGGGAUGAGGGACAGGCAAGUGAAGAAAGAACCAGGCUGCAGCUGGAUCAAGUAUAAGAAUAAAGUCUACAUAUUCUCAGCCGAUGACCAGUCUCACCCCUUCUCCAGAACAAUUUAUGAAAAGCUACAAUGGCUCAACUCUAAGAUGGUGGAAGAAGGGUACAGGCCUGAUGUCAGUUCAGUGCUGCAUGACGUAGCGGAUUCUGAGAAGGUUCAAAUGCUCAGCAAUCAUAGCGAGAAGCUUGCAAUUGCAUUUGGCUUAAUUUUUGUUCCACAAGAAAUGCAGAUUCGGAUUGUCAAGAAUCUACGGGUAUGUGUGGAUUGUCAUAAUGCUACCAAGUUCAUAUCUAAGAUAACUGGGCGUGAUAUUCUUGUGAGAGACGCUGUCAGAUUUCACAAGUUCAGCAAUGGCAUUUGCUCAUGUGGGGACUUCUGGUAAUUCCGCUGUCUAACACGCUAACUUCAUACAUGAUUCAAGUUGAAAUAUAAGUGAGAAGUGCCACUGGAAGAGAAACAAGAAAUGUUGAUCAAAGACUUCAAAGCGAAGGAUCGAUAACAUGCUUGGGCUGCCAGCUGGCUUUGUGGGGGCAGAGCAAGAGUAAAUCCUGUUCCCUGCAGGUGCAGGGUUCAAAGAGAAGUGCCAAACUGAAUUUGCUAACAGCAGUUAUAAGGGAUUAACGGUUAUGCACGACACUGAAUUGAUCCUUAUCUCAUGUUCAAUUUCCUGUCGAGCAACCGAAGUAGAAAGGAUAUGCACGCCUGCCCAAUUGAAAAGAAGGCUUUAUUUUCGCUGUGUUUGAGAUGUGCCUCAAGUCCAUCAACGCGUUGAGCUGCCAUCUACAUAGUUACUACAGUAUUAUAUUGACAGAAUCCAGAAACAACAUUGAGCAAGUCAAUGUGAGUUCUGGACGAAUAUCUCGUCGGACUUUUUAUGAUGUGCCUGCUCGUGCCUGUAAGGAUGCAGGAAUAUUGAAUCAUGUGGAGGGGCGCUGGGAAGAACUCACUGGAGAAAUGCUCCUGAAGGAUAGUUAUACUGCAACAGAAUAUCAGGAGUGUCAAAAGUCACUGACUGGAUGCCCAAGAACUCCAGAUCAUGGCCAGCGAAGCCAUGUAGGCCUGAUUGUAGGAGGUGUCCAUCUCAUGUAUCGCGAGGCUAGUGGCGGUGACUCGGGCACCGGUGGCAUUGUUGAAGAGGUACACCCCGGCGUUGGCGUAGAUGGCCUCGGUUGGGUACACUCGCGAAGUCACUGUCGACCUCCCGCCCUGUGCAAAGCUCUCGACAAUGGAGUGGUCCACCAGUACUCUGAUGGAUAGCGCCUCACCAUCAAGCACCGGCACGACGUUACCGACAACCCUCUUCACAAUGUCGUUGGCACGCGAUGACCGUGACUCAUCAUGGCAGAAGUGCGUGCGUAGGCCGCCGUCAAGGCCUCUGGCGACGUAGAAGUAGACGGCGGUCUGCUCCGUGUCUCCAUCAUGGCGCUUGGCGUCGGCAAGUACGAGCAGGCCAAAUGGGCCAAGCGCGCCACGACCGGCUGCGCCACCGCUGGUGCUGCAGUUGUAGCCGACAUCAGCCUCCUUGGCGGCGACGACAUCGAGUGGGUCGAGGCGGAAGGAAGCCUCGAUGUCGAGCUGUGUGGCACGGUGGAGGCUGAGAGGGAAGACAGAACCGUGGUCGACGGUGAUGCUGCCGAGGUUGGUGGAGUUGGUACGGAGUGUCUCCACCUCCACCACUGGCCACUGGAUGAGGUUGCUGCCAGUCUUGGUGUCCAACACCACCGUGCGAGGGAUCGACUGCAACAACGGAAAACAUCAGGCAAGUAUUAGCAAUUGAUACUAAUAAUUAAUUAAUUAAUUAGUAGUUGUUAAUCUUGUUUGUAAGUGGCAUGAUUGUUUGUAC